AUGAAGAGACUCGGGCGUGAGGCAUGGACCUGCUCACGAUGUAUACGACAAUCGCGGCGCAGUUUGGCCACGUCCAGUACGGCGAGAGGAGCGGCAGCGGCAGCAACAGCGACAACAGCAUCUCGAGCAGAGAACCACCAUCCCAUAUCGAAGGCGGCACCGAGUACGAGGCACGAUGACAAGACCUUGCGAGACAUCUUCGACGAUCCUCGAGCAUGGCAAGACUUCUCUCUAAGAACGAAAUAUCACCGCAGCGGGAGAAAUGCUGGACUGCUGCAAAAUCGAUACCUCACUCGGCCAGAAGGGUUUGGCGAGUUCGCCAGGGUCACUUUGCAAAAGAGCAGAAAGAUUGUCGCGCAAGUUUUGGCAUACGACAGCGUGGAGGGAUACAAGAGAAUAGCCAGAGAUAUGGAUCGAUUGAGUGACUUGCUUUGUCGUGUCAUUGAUCUCAGCGACUUCAUUCGAUCAGUACAUCCGGACAGAGAGAUACAAGCUGCUGCGACCCAGGCGUAUGCGAUGAUGUUCCAGUAUAUGAACGUUCUCAACACCACGACAGGUCUCGAUUCGCAGCUGAAGAAGGCAGUCUCGAUACCUGAAGUAUUUCAGUCGUGGAGUGAGGAAGAAAGGACAGUUGCGGACAUUUUGAUUCGAGACUUUGCCAAGUCAGCGAUAGAUCUGCCCGAGGCGGAGAGGGAAGCGUUUGUGAGGAUGUCAGACGAAGUGCAGGAGACUGGCAAUGAGUUCGUCGAGAAUAUGGCAACAGAAACGCCACAUCUCUCGUUCGACAGCAGUAAAAUGAAGGGAAUGGAUCCGGUGCUCGCACGGCAGCUGACGAAAUGGGGCAAGAUAACAUUACCAACAGAAGGCAUGCCAGCGACUCUGGCCACGAGGACUGUGGAAGAUGCGGACAUUCGACAGGAAAUUUACGUGGCCAACCGGACGUCAUCUAAGGACAACAUUCAUCGGCUAGAGCGACUUCUCCGACUUCGUGCCGAGUCCGCGAAGCUUGCAGGAUUUGACAGUUACGCUCGAUUGACGCUCUCCGACAAGAUGGCUAAGUCGCCCGAGUCCGUCAUGUCUUUUCUGGACGGUCUGGCUCAGGUCAAUGAACCUCACGUACGGGGUGAGAUGGCGGAGCUGCUGGCGUUGAAGAGAGCGGAUGCACACUCGUCUUCUGUCUUUUCAAGCGAGCACUCGCUCCAUGCGUGGGACAAGGAGUAUUACACACAGAAGCUUCUCAAUGCCAAUCGAUCGCGCGCACGAACACCCGAUGCACUCAGCGCAUAUUUCUCCCUCGGGACAGUCUUUCAGGGAUUGUCCCGCCUAUUCCACCGUCUCUAUGGCAUCCGCCUCGUGCCGAGGGAAACACUUCCCGGCGAGACCUGGAACUCUGAUGUCCGUCGACUGGACGUCAUCGAUGAUCAUCAAGGACACAUCGCUGUCAUCUACGCCGACCUGUUCGAGCGUGCUGGAAAGUCGCCCAAUCCAGCACACUUUACCCUCCGCUGCUCCCGACGUAUCGACGAUGAAGAGAUGCAAGAAGCUGCACAGCUCAGCUCUCAGCCUGGCUCACCUUUCCAAACCGCACAAGAAGCAGUCAACGAUGGCCUGGCAGUCAGCUACAACCCUCGAGAUGGCAAUGCUCUAUAUCAACUGCCCACAAUCGCUCUCAUCUGCGACUUUGCGCCGCCGUCGGCAUAUUCUGCAAAAGGCACCCGACCGACACUUCUGACUUUCCGAGAGCUGACAACGCUUUUCCACGAGAUGGGCCAUGCUCUGCACUCUAUCUGUGGACGUACUGCCCUGCAAAAUGUCUCUGGCACACGCUGCGCCACUGACUUUGCAGAACUGCCGUCCGUCUUGAGCGAGUACUUCGCGGCCGCGCCAGAAGUCCUUGCACUAUAUGCUCGACACUGGGAGACCGAUGCUCCACUGGAUGCCAGCCGGAUCGCCGAGCGUGUGGAGCUGGACCGCAGUAUGCAGGGAGCCGAGACGGAGAGCCAGAUCCUUCUCGCCAUGCUAGACCAGCGCUACCACUCCUCAGAUCCACUCGGCCCCAGCAACAGCAGCACCGAAGUCUAUCACGAUGUCUGGUCGAAGUACUCGAGCGUUCCUGAACCCGCCGGCACCAGCUGGCAGGGCUUCUUCGGCCAUCUCUUCGGCUAUGGCGGCACAUACUACUCCUACCUCUUCGAUCGCGCCAUUGCAGGUAAAAUCUGGCGGGACGUGUUUCAGAGGACCCAGGGUGGUGCGGUGAAUCCUGCGGCUGGGCAGUUGUAUCGCGAAGAAGUGUUGCGCUGGGGUGGAGGACGUGAUGGGUGGAAGUGUGUGGCUGGCGUGUUGAGGGAGGGGAAGGGCGGAGUUCUGGCAGAGGGUGGGAGAGGCGCAAUGGAGAUGGUGGGCAAGUGGGGAGUGCACACUUGA